AUGCACUCUGCCAAGAAAAAAAAAAAACCUCUUUAGCAAUACAAACUAAAUUGAGCAUGUGCAGAAUGGCUACAGUUCAGUCUGUCUUAUCAGGACAUAAGACAUGGACAUUUGAACAAGAGGAGGAGCAGAGAAGUCAGGAUCAAAUGGUCUUUUACACAAUGCAGAGAAUUAACCUCCCUAGGUUCCACAGUGAGUAUAACAAGCUUGCUUUACUGCCAGGGGUAGACUGACAACUCAUGGGGCCCCCAGGCAAUAGGGGAUCAUGGGGCCCCUGUGUCCUUGCCCAAACUCAAAAAAGCCUAU